UGACUUGACAGAACGCAAAUUUUGGCCUGACAGAAUGAAUUGUUGAAUUUGUAACUUGAUUAUUUGUGAACUUUUGGACUAAUUUGAAGUAAAACUAUAAUUUGAAGCAAUAAUGGCACCUGCUGAACAAGAUGUUGAAAUGAAGAAUGUAGACAGCCCAGCUGCAGCGAGCGAUGUGGAAAUGCCUGAAGUGAAGAAGGACGCCGACGUACUCGCUGUCCAGGAUUUAAGAGAGCAUGUCAGACAAAUUGAUAAAGCUGUCUCUUCAAAAGAGCCAAGAUUCGCAAUGCGUGUACUCAGGUCGAUUCCGAGCACCAGGAAGAAGUUAAACGGUAAUGUCCUUCGUGCUAUCAUAAACCAACUAUUUCCAGCUAGUUCAGACAAAGACGCUUUGAUUGCGUUCGUAGAAAUGGCCUUACCAGACGCUGUAGAGAUAGAAGCACCGCGGUCUCGAAGCGCUCCAAAGUCACCCGUCCCUGAAGUAGAUGCAUACAUACAUCUCUUGGUGUUGCUUCGUUUAUUGGAUACUAACAAGUUAGAAGAAGCCGUUGAAUGCUCUCAACUGUUGAUGAAUAAAGUUACAGCUCAAAACCGGAGAACUUUGGAUCUGAUUGCUGCCAAGUGUUAUUUCUAUCACUCAAGAGUUUUCGAACUGACUAAUAAACUUGACCUCAUUAGAGGGCUUUUGCAUGCACGUUUACGCACAUCCACUCUUCGGAAUGAUUAUGAAGGGCAAGCUGUACUGAUAAAUUGCCUUUUGCGUAAUUAUCUCCACUAUGCCUUGUAUGAUCAAGCUGAUAAAUUGGUCAGUAAAUCAGUCUUCCCAGAGAGUGCCAGCAAUAAUGAGUGGGCAAGAUUCCUUUAUUAUCUUGGCAGGAUCAAAGCUGCUAGGUUAGAGUACAGUGAUGCACACAAACACUUAGUGCAAGCUCUGCGUAAAGCACCUCAAACUGCAGCUGUUGGCUUUAGACAGACAGUACAGAAGUUAGCUAUUGUUGUUGAGUUACUGUUAGGAGACAUACCAGAGCGUGCUAUUUUCCGUCAAGCCCAGCUCAGAAAGUCUUUGGCUCCUUACUUUCAACUCACUCAAGCUGUCCGACUCGGUAAUCUGCAAAGAUUUGGGGAGGUUUUGGAAAACUUUGGACCCCAGUUUCGGACUGACCAUACCUUCACACUGAUUCUGCGUCUUCGUCAGAAUGUUAUCAAGACUGCAAUUCGUUCUAUUGGAAUGUCGUAUUCCAGGAUUUCUCCUAAAGAUAUUGCAAGAAAGUUGGGAUUGGAUUCAGCUGAAGAUGCUGAAUUUAUUGUAGCGAAAGCUGUUCGAGAUGGUGUCAUUGAAGCUACCCUUGACUCAGAAAAGGGGUACAUGAGCAACAAGGAAAGCUCAGACCUCUACUGCACAAGAGAACCUCAGCUUGCCUUUCACCAGCGCAUAUCGUUCUGUUUGGAGUUGCACAACCAAAGUGUGAAGGCAAUGAGAUACCCACCAAAGUCUUAUGGCAAGGAGCUGGAAAGUGCAGAAGAGAGACGUGAGAGAGAGCAGCAGGAUCUGGAACUUGCUAAGGAAAUGGCUGAGGAAGAUGAUGAUGGUUUUCCUUGAACAUACAAUUUUAUUAAUAUAUCAAUGUUAUAUGUAGUUUUUGAAAUAAACUCAUGAAAUACUAAUAAAAUAUAA